AUGGCGGCCCCGCCCGCCCCCACCCCGCCCCGCGGGCUCUGCCCGAGUCCCCGCAGCACCCGCGGGAAGGGGGGAAGGGAGACGCGGUUACUUGAUGGGAAGCGGGAGCGGAGCGGGGAGUGCGGGGAGCGCCCGGGAUGGCGGCGGCGGCAGAAAGGGAAGGGCAGAGGCCUGCGCACAGCCUUCCGCCCCUCACCCCGCAGCAACGCGCGCUGCCAUUGGGCCGCGCUGGCUGAGAGCCGACCAAUGGGAGCCGCGGGCUGUCCCGCAGCCACGCGUGGCCGAGCAGAGCGGCGGUGGACUCAGCACCCCCAGAACCGGGUUCAGCACCCCCAGACCCAGCCUCAGCAUACCCAGACCCGUGUCCUGUGCAAGCUGCAGGUCACACCCGGUCCCGGCCCUGCCCCUGUCCCGCUCCAUCCGGCACCUCCCCCGCCCCGGCCCGCCCCGCAGUGCCGCUUCCCUCCGGACUUUGCAGGAAGAGCCUGGGCCGGGCUGAGCCGAACCGAACCGAACCUAGCCCGGCCGGGCCUUGGGGACCCGGGUUUUGUGUGCCAGGGAGCGGAGCCAUCCCUCCUCCUCCUCUCCUCCUCCUCCUGCUCCCGGUCCCAGCUGCCUGCCGGGCAGGACCGAGCAUGUCCGCGCUCCAUGGAUGGGGAAUUGGCAGAGCUGCUGGAGCUUGGGGAGAGCAGGGAGGAGCUUUCCGUGGCUCCUGGGUUUCCUGGCUCCUGCCUGGCAGGCAACAGGCUGAGCCUGGACGUGUAUCCCGACGGGUGCUGCCGGCUGCUGCGGCUCUUUGCGGGGCGGCCGGGAGAGGUGGUGCGGGUGGAAUUCCUGCGGCUCAGCACCAACGAUCCCUUCCUGGGCACCACGCUGAGCAUCCUGCCUCACCUCAGGAACAUCAGAUCCCUGGUGCUCAAAGGUGGCCAUGCCAGGGAUGACUUUGGCUCGUGUCUCUGUGGCUCCCUGACAACUUUGCCACCAGACUUGGGAAACCUGAGCUGUCUCACCCAUCUGGACCUCAGCUUCAACAGCUUCUCCACCUUGCCCAGCUGCAUCCUCCACCUUCCCAGCCUCCGAGUGCUCCUGCUGAGCCACAACAGACUGGUUGCUCUCCCUGAGGACUUUGGCUCCCUGGGCAAGCUGACUUUCUUCUCUGCUAUGAAAAACCAGCUGAGGGCCUUGCCUCGGAGCAUUGGGGAGCUUGCAAUGCUGCAGGACCUGGAUCUCUCAGAAAACUCUUUGGAAUUCCUCCCCGAAGAAGUUGGGAAUCUGCACAACUGCAUGGAGCUGGAUCUCUCUGGGAAUUGCUUAUCAAGCAUCCCAGACUCCUUGGCCAAUCUGAAGUCUCUGCGGCGGCUGCAUCUCCACAGCAACCUCCUGGGGACAGUCCCUGCCUCACUUGCCAGCCUGCCCAGCUUGUCCAGGCUUGAUCUGCAGAACAACUGCCUCCGUGCUGUGCCCCCUGAGAUCCAGACCCUUUCCUGUGUGCACCUCCGAGGGAAUCCCUUAGGAGAGGCUGAACCCUCCUCACAGCCUGAUGAAUCCAGUGCCAGAGGGCUGCGAAGACUCUUCCUUGCAUCAGGAGAGAACAGCUUUACUGUCACCUCUGAAGGCUGCAAAGUGGUCCUGGCCUGUGGCAUCCAUUUCUACUUCCCACCGGGGUCUGCCUCUGACCCUCUGCAGAUCCAUUUCCAGAUCCUCGCCCCAGACCCCCGCUGGGUCAAGCUGAGACACCACGAUGUCCUGCUGAGCAGAGUCCUGGAGCUGCAGCCUCACGGAGUCAGGUUCCACCAGGAGGUGCAGAUCUGGAUGCCAUAUGCCUUCCCCCAAGCACUUCACCAGCGGGAGGUGGUGGUUCGGACCUUCAGUGGGCAGAGCUGGAGUGACCUCACAACAAGAGUGGAGCAGCAGAGAAAAUCCAAGAAGCACCUGGCUCACUGCAGUGUCCUUCACUUCUCUUGGUUCCUCGUCGUGUCACGACUUGUGCAGAAUGAAUGCCAAGUGCCAUCAGAGGGGACACUGCUCUUUUCCAGUGUGGAUCCAAACAUCAAAGUCACCUUUCCUCCUGGGGUCACCGAGGAGACCCGCAGUGUCAGGCUGCAGGUGCUUCCAGUCUCUGCAGAGGAGAUCCAGGAGCUCACAGCUGAUGCAGGAUGCAGAGCCAGUUCCCUGCUCUGCCUCUCCCAGGAUUCCCUGAUGGAUUUUCUCCGGCCAGUUCGAAUUCAGCUGCCCCUCCCUCCUGGGGUCACAGGGCUAAAUUUGGAUCGGUCAAGGCUGCAUCUCCUCCAUGGUGACCUGGAGGGCCAAACCUGGGAUGACAUUACCAGUCAGGUGGUGCUGGAGUUCACCCAUCUUUAUGCAGUGUUUGAAGUCACCCACUUCUCCUGGUACUGGCUGUGGUAUAGCACCAAGAGCUACAUUGGAGGCAUCGCCCGGAAAGUCUACGAGCGGCUGCGGCUCUACCAGGUGAACUUCAUCGCCCUGCAGAGGAGGAAGGACCCCGAGCAAGUCCUGCUGCAGUGCAUCCCCAAACACAAGGUUGACCCAGUGCUGAAGAAGCUGCAGGACCGCUACCGAGGCCCUGAGCCCUCUGACAUGGUGGAGAUGUUUGAGGGAGAACAAUUCUUUGCAGCUUUUGAGCGAGGCAUCAGCAUCGAUAUGGAGCGCCCUGACUGCGUGGAUGGACGCCUCUCCUUUAUUUUUUACUCCCACUUGAAGAACAUGAAGGAAAUCUAUGUGACUUCUCCUGUAGAUAGGAAAGGCCAAGCUGUAAAAGGCCAGGUCUCUUUCUACCGAGGGAAGGCUCCUGAGAACAUCCCUGAAGAUGCCAGCAGGAGGAGGAAAGGAGCAGACUCCCUCUGGCUUGCAACUUUGCCCAUCAAGCUGCCUAGAUUGAAACCCCACCUGAGUGACAGCCCUGGUCCCCUGAAUGGCUUCUCCUUCCCCCCCCUGAGCCUGGGCAGUGCUGAGAGUGGUUACCUGACACAGGGCAACCUGCUCAGCAUUGCCAGGAGGCUGGGACCUGACUGGCAGAGCAUUGGCCUCAACCUGGGCUUGAGCUAUCAGCAGAUUGAGCGUAUAGGAUACAACAACAGAGAGGACCUGGAUAAGCAGAUCCUGGACAUGCUCUUCUCCUGGGCUCAGCAGAACUCGGGGGAUCCUGGCUGUGUGGGGAAGCUGAUCAGAGCCCUGAGGGACAGCGGGCGCCAGGACAUCGCCGAGGAGGUGGAAACCAUCCUGGAGCUGGGGAGGCAGAAGUACAGGGAUUCCAUCCACAGGCUGGGCUUGGAGCCAGGCACCAGCACCCAGGACUCUGCAGCAGCUGCCCUGCAGCACCCAGCAGACUGAACUGAGCUGAGCUGAGCUGGGUUUCACUCAGCAGACAGAACUCAGCUGGGUUUCUCCCAUCAGACAGAACUGGGCUGAGCUGGGUUUCUCCCAUCAGACAGACAGAACUCAGCUGGGUUUCACCCAUCAGACAGACAGAACUCAGCUGGGUUUCACCCAUCAGACAGACAGAACUCAGCUGGGUUUCACCCAGCAGACAGAACUGGGCUGAGCUGGGUUUUACCCAUCAGACAGAACUGGGCUGAGCUGGGUUUUCCCCAUCAGACAGAACUCAGCUGGGUUUCUCCCAUCAGACAGACAGAACUCAGCUGGGUUUCUCCCAUCAGACAGACAGAACUCAGCUGGGUUUCUCCCAUCAGACAGACAGAACUCAACUGGGUUUUACCCAUCAGACAGAACUCAGCUGGGUUUCACCCAUCAGACAGAACUGAACUGGGUUUCACAGGGGUCCCUCUGCACAUUGGGGUGUCCUGGAUGCCCCCACCUCCAGGGAUGGUGUCUGCCCAAGGAGUUGGAUGCUGAUUGACCUGUGAGCAGCCUCAUGACCAUUUUAGGGUCCAUCCUCACGUCCACUUGUGCCAGCCCCUGGCAGGGUGCAUUUGUGAGGCUUUUCUGUACUUCCACUUCUUGAGCUUUUAGAUUUCAGAAACACAGUGAAAUUCAGAGACUGAAGUGUCUGUGUGUCGAGUAGUGGCUAGAGUGGCCUUUAAUGAAUUACUACUCAUGUUAUGUAUAUUUAUUUAUAACUUAUUUCUGAAGCUGUGUUCUGCUAUAAACACCUGGUGUGUGCAUUUGGGUCUGUUUUAACUCCAGUGUGUGCUGGGAGAGUAGAGGUGCAGUGUGUAUUAUAAAGUCCUGUGGUGUGAUCUCUUUAGCUAUUGCUGUUCAUGAUGUAGUUUGCUAACAUGAAAAUGUGAACUGGAUUCCCCAUGAAAAUAUUUUUUGCCAAAUCUCUUCCAGUUCCCUUAAGCCUGCAGCAAAACCUGAGUAUUUGUGAGGAAAAGGAACUGAUUUCCAGCAAAACUGCUCUUGGUUUUUUGGUUUGUCUCCAAAAGUUAUUUUGGAACAACUAAAAUGUCACAUUGUCCCUGG